UAAUGUCCCACCACUAGAUGAUCUGCUUAAAUCCCUUGAUGUGAAAUAGGGAAUUAUUCAACGGUGUAGAUCUGAGGAGGAGGCUAUAGCGUAGUGGACCCCAUCACAAAGUACUCUAGGAAAAGUUCAACUAUGUCCGGGCUAAUGGAAGGCCAGAGGACAAACGUGGAAAAAGAGGGACAAGAACAUGGAGAAAGCAAAGUGAGAGAGAGAGAGAAUGAGUCAAUUUUUUGAAAUCCAACCGCUCCAAUUCUUCGAUUCGUUCUCACCAAAUCCCACGAAUUUAAAAACCCACCUCUGAUGGUCACCUCUCGUCAAUACCCAGAUCUUCUUUUCUCAGAAUUUGAUCAAAUUUCUUCAUCAUGUAAUCAAACUUUCCCGUUUCUACGUGGUGUUUUGCUCUGUUUUCUGCCAGGAAACUCAAUCCAACGUAUAACUUCUCUGCUUAAAAGUACGAUGAUUUGCUCCAUAUUCAUCUGGUUUUGAUCCUUGAAGAUUAGUCUUUUCCAAAAGGUCAAACAGUCCGAUAAUUCUCUCCCACGCUCUAGGAAAUAUCUCAUUUCUUUCCCUGAAAAUUCUCUGCUUUUGCUUCACAAUUUUUGGCUCUCUGACACAAACCAGUCUUAUCAAAUUCUAGUCCUCCCUGUUGUCCUGGUCUCCCACUUCAAAGACUCCGUUCUCAAAUUUUGAGCUAAUCCAAUCAUGGGAAUUCAGAAAGACACGGUGAGAUUCAAUGUUGGAGGCAGAAUCUUCGAAACAACCGCAACAACCCUCGCCAACGCCGGCCGAAACUCGAUAUUCGGAGCAAUGUUCGACGAGAAUUGGACUCUACAAACAGAUAUUUCCGAAGAACACUUCAUUGAUCGGAACCCGGAUUGCUUUGCUAUCCUCCUCGAUCUCCUCCGAACCGGAGAGCUCUAUGUUCCUGCCAAUAUCCCAGAAAAGCUCCUCUACAGGGAGGCCCUUUUCUAUGGCCUUCUCGACCACGUUCGGUCAGCCAAAUGGGGUCAAUUCGACGGCAAUAGAUUGCGGCUUUCGCGGUCGAUAACCGGUCAAGCACCAGGCGACGGAACGGCGAUUCGAGCUGGCCCAGACGGCGGUUGCUGCGUCGCUCAUGGUAGCAUGGUUCACGUCUAUGAUUGGAUGCUGGAUGAGCACGCGCCAAUCACUCUUGAUUACCAGAGAGUCAAUGAUGUUGGCUGGAUUGACUCGCAGAACAUUGUGAUCAGCGUGUGUGAGCGAUUAGGCCGCGGAGAUGGUGGAAUGGGUCUGUUUAGUUCAUCCACAGGGGACCUGAGAUACAAGUUUCAAGUCAAUCAUGAGAACCAAGUUAAGAGCUACACUGCUGGAUCUUUGAGUUUCAGCCCGGAUUAUAAGAUAUUUUCUAGUUGUAAAGGCAGGAGCAAUGAGUAUGGGAUUGGAGUUUGGGACCAAGUAACAGGAAAACAGAUUGAUUUUUUCUAUGAGCCUCUUGGCUGGUCACUUGGUGAAGCUGACAAGCUUCAAUGGUUACAUGGGAGCAACUGUUUAUUGGUUGCAACAUUGUUUCCUAGGAAGGACAACUGUUACAUUAGUCUGUUGGAUUUUAGGGACAAGAAGAUGGUCUGGUCUUGGUCUGAUGUUGGAGCUCCUAUAACAGGGGAUGAGAAGCGGGUUAGAGAUGCAAUAGCAAUGGAGGAGAAUAGCUCCAUCUGUGUGGUGAAUGAGUAUGAGGAUUUGGGUUUCAUGGACUUGAGAAGCACUGCAGGGAGCAUUAGGUGGAGCUCAAGAAGCCGGUUGAUGAAAGGGAAGAUGCCGGAUGAGCCAUGUUACCCUAAGUUGGCAUUGCAUGAGGGUCAACUCUUCUCGUCAAUGAACGAUUGCAUAUCGGUGUUUUGUGGUCCUGAUUGGGUUUUAACAUCUAGGCUACGACGAAGCUAUGGAGGUUCAAUAUGCGAUUUUUCGAUCGGAGGUGAUCGGCUUUUUGCACUGCACAGUGAAGAAAAUGUGUUUGAUAUAUGGGAGACUCCACCUCCGCCAAUUAUAUGAUUCAGCUAACGGUUUGCUUGUUUAGGUGGCUGUGUUUCUUCCUUUUUUAUAUUCAUAGUUUUCCUCUUGUUUUCUAGACUACAGAAGAUGGAGUUGCAGCUAAAAGAGUACACAUGUUAGGGAACUUAGAUUUUCUAGGCUUGUAUAGGCUUUGUGUUAACCAAGUAUACCCUCAUAAAACCAAGAGGAACAUCUAAAAUUAUGAGUGUGAAUGGGGGCUUCCCAUUGUCACAAAAGAAAUGAAAUUGAUUGCUUAGUUGCUAUUACA